UGCCGUCGUUUUGCAAAACUCAAACCAAACCUAUCGACUGGGAAAAGAAAAAAUUAGGGCAAGACAUUGCCGGUUUCACGUCCGCGCGGCUCAUAGAUUUCUCGGAAAAUCCUUGACGUUUUGUCCAGUAAUCUUGAAUUCCGCGGCGCAUUAAUCAACAAAUUGAAUUUUGGGCGGUGAGAAAGUUUCUUACUUGAAAUCGGGCUUGUUCCUGAUGUUUCUCUCAAAUCUAUGAUCUUUCGGGAAGUUUUGGUUGAUGCGAAGUUUUAUCUAAAUAGCACCCACGAAAAAAGCUCGUGCUCUCUGGUGUAACUAGACAGCUCUCUCAUACCACGUUUUGAUUCUUUUAGCUUCCCUGUGAAGCAUCAUCGGGGAAAGGACACUAAUGGAUUACCGACCUUCUGAUAGUAGUGGUACUGAUGAUGACCUACCUCCAUCACAUCAAAAUAGAUAUCAAAGGAGCGGGAGACCUGCCGGUAAUGGCAGGCCUUCGGUUAUGAAUUCUACUCCUUUGUCAAGGGUGCACAGUAGUGACAUGGAAACUCAAAUUCAUCUCAUCGAGCAAGAAGCGUAUAGCUCAAUACUCCGUGCAUUUAAAGCCCAGUCUGAUGCUAUCACUUGGGAGAAAGAAAGUUUGAUCACUGAACUCAGAAAAGAACUUCGGGUGUCUGAUGAGGAACACAGAGAGCUCUUAUCAAGGGUCAAUGCUGAUGAAAUGAUCAGGCGGAUAAGUGUUGUUCCUCAGAUGGUUCACGAUAACGCUCCUAGUCCAGCCGUUUCAGGAUCACGUAAGAAGCAAAAGACAUCACAAUCAAUAGCCUCAAUGGGCCCGCCAUCUCCUGCUAUGCACCCAUCUUCUUCUUCUUCUGCGCUAAGAAGGGGAGGUCCUCCUCCACCUGGUCCAAAGACCAAGAAGCCAAAGACAGUCCCAGCUACAGGGAUUGCUGGGAGGCCUCAGGCUGGUGGCACAUUUACAAAUGAACCAGGUGAAUCGUAUGACCCGUUGAUUGGAAAGAAGGUAUGGACAAAGUGGCCUGAGGACAACCAUUUCUAUGAAGCUGUUAUUACCGACUACAACCCUGUGGAGGGGCGGCAUGCUUUAGUAUAUGACAUUAGCACUCCUAAUGAAACUUGGGAAUGGGUAAAUCUUAAAGAGAUAUCUCCGGGAGAUAUCAGAUGGGAAGGUGAGGACUCUGGGGUUUCUCGCAAAGGAGGACAUCCUGGGCAAGGCCGUGGAAGUAGUACAAAGGCCAUGAUGCCUCGUGGUGGUCCUACAAGCAACAACGCCGGUGGUGGUAGAGGUAGGGGAAACAUGAAGAUACAGCCACACAAGGCACAGAAUGGCAUCGGGAAGAAAGCUUUAGGCGAUAUUGAAAUACUCCACACUGAUACACUAAUAAAUGAGAUAGAAAAAGUUUUUGGAUCAGUUAACCCAAAUCCAGCAGAGGUAGAGAAAGCAAUGAGAGUGCUAAGAGAUCAUGAGCAAGCUCUUGUGGAUGCAAUUGCAAAGCUUGGAGAACUAUCAGACGGAGAAAGUGGUAAUAUUUGAUAGGGUUCCUCUAACUCUCCUCAGAUGGAGUUUGGCUAAAAGGUGUAGAUGGACUGGUGGCAGUGUGAAUCGAUGAUGAAGAAACUUGUAUGGAUUAAGCAAACUGUAUUUUUUUAGGGAGAAGAUCUUUAAUGACCUUUGUGUGCCACAUUACUCCAGUAAGAUUAGGGGUCUUGAGCAUUGUAAUAUCCACCAGAUUGCAUAUAAAUGUUUAAGCUUGGAUAAAUUGUUAGUUUUUGAAUUAGAAA